AUAGUUUUAGCUAAUGGACCUAUAGGAAGCAACCCUGGGAGGGACCGUCCUUCUGCAGAGGCCUGCGGGCAUUGAGGCUAUCAAUCCCCAGGGCUUGGGGAGCAGGAGGGGAGAACACCAAGUGCUCUUACUCUCCUGAGCUCCUUUUGAUGUGUAAGCUUUGUUUUUGGCCCUCUUUGAAGGCAGGGCCAAACUUUUCUUAGUGCCUCUCACCCUAGGGUAGCCCUCCAGGGGAGGUGCUUCUUGAAUGGCUGGAUUGGCCCUGCCCACCGUCAAACUGCUACGUGUAGGAAUAGCUGAUGAGGAAAUACACAAGGCCCCAGUGCCCCUUGGCCUCUUUAUAAAAGGAGAAGUUGGAAGGGGAUUGUGGGAGGAGCCCCUGGGGGCCUGGCCUGUCCUCCACCACAACUUGGAGUUGCUGCCAGCAGAGGAUCUGUGCCUCAGCUGAGGACUAGCUCCGGAAUGUCGUAGGGGUGUGACUGUGUAGGUCUUCUCCUCCUCCUCGUUUCUGUGGCAUGGCACAGGUUGCCUGGUUGCUCGAGCCUUCCCCACGUUGACAUCCUCCACAAGCUUGCCUUUGCUGUGUCUACAGCUUAGCAACCCAUUCUGGAGGGCACUUUCUGGUGCUUGGAAGGAGAGAAGAAAGCAAAAGUCACAUGCCUGGCAUGGCCAAGUCAGAGACAGAUCCACCUGUCAGAGGAAGGAAGAAGUAAAGGGGGCAUGCAGGGCUUUUGGGGGCCAGAUUGGCUCAGAAACAUGUAGGUCAAAAGAAUAGAGGCGGCCCAGUCUAUAGGCUUCACAAGGAGCCAUGGCCUGUAUUUGGGGCAUUGGGGAGCAUAAGGCAUCUGAACUGGUCCAGAUCUCACUCUUAUCUUGGGCCAAGCCAACGUGGAGAGAAGCAACCCAACCAGACUCUUGGCAGCCUGCCUUACAGGGUAGCCCACCUUAUAGGGUAGCCCUCAUAUCUGCCCAAUGCCAGCCCUCUACUGCCCCAGCUUUGGUACAGGAGUGAGGGAGAAGCUGGAGCUUGCACACCCAGUGGCUAGUGGGGCUGUCUUCCCAGCUCCUCCUCAGGGCUUUCCUGUCGGUGCCAAGCCAGUUCCCCAGCCAGGUUUCCAUGUGCCAUUUGCCAGCGUGUGGGAGCUCUGGUGCGUGAGGGUGUUUGCAGAAGAGGGCAGUUUCCUUUCAGAUGGCCUCAGGAAGGGAAAAGAGUGCUCCCUCCAGCCCCUAGGUAGCCUUGGCCAGGGAUGUGGGCCAAGAAGAGUCUGUGGAGCUGGCCAACUUGUGGCAUCCACUCCAAAUAGCAGAGACCCAGUCACGCCUGCUUCUGGUCCUCCCUGCCCUCAGUAUUUGGUUUUGUACACCAAAGAUGAUCUGGCCCAUCUUCCCAGAGGCACAACAGUAACAUGUUCCUCUGUCAGCCUGUGAAGGCAUGCAGGGUUCCGAAGCCACAGACUCAGUCUUCCCAAGUCAGCAAUCUCUUUCUCUCUCUCUCUCUCUCUCCUCAAACUUCAUCGCAUUCAUAGAAGCUGCUUGCAGGGUCGCCGGGCUAACCAGGGUGAUCGGCGAACUUUACCGUACAGUACCUCAGUCUAGCUGUCAGAUCAUCCCUUUUGCUGUAGCCUCUGUUGAGGUUUUUAUAUUUGUGAUCAUUGGUAAUUCAGUGUCUUAUGAAGUGGGCACAGCUCCCCACAGAGAGCAAGUUGUCAGCAGGUCUCUGCGCACUGGUGUUGGGACAGGGCAGUGCCCUGGGGGUAAGCUAGGUGGCUCGGGGGUGGCAGAAGGGCCCAUUUUCCCCCCUUCCUCUGCCAAAAAGACUUCCUUGGAUUUGUAGAUGUUGACCCAGAGUCAUCUCUCCCCUCCUGAAGAGGAUUUUCUUACUGGUUUCUACUGAAGGGGAAGUAGGGGAGGAGGAAAAAAGGACCAUGUGUGAUGCUGUUAGACAAGACACUGACGCUGAUUAUGGAGGGUCUCCUGCAGGCCCUUGUGGGCUCCUUGGCAAGGCCCCAGGCUGGGAAGGAGCUCCCCCCACUGCCCAUCCUGCCCGCUUUGUGGUGGGUAGAGUCAGUGACAGGGAGGCAGCCCUCCUUUUGUGUAUAUAGAGUGAGCUGAUUUGGGCUCAGGAAAACCUAGUUGCUUGUUGCUCUUGUCUGUGACAUUUUUGUACACUGGUUUGCUACUCAUGGCAAGAAACAGACAAAGCCCCAUGAAAAAUAAAACAAAAGAAAAGUCAUUUCAAACAAAGCUGUUGUUUUGAAAACUCUUGCUUUCUUUUGGUGUCCAUUUUGUGUUCUAUUUUAAAUAAUCUUUCAUUUAUAUUGGUGUUAUUGUAGUGAAGAGAAUGUGAUAGGCUGAUCUGUAAUGGUUUCUGUCAGGAGCUUAGCAAACGCCUCUGCCCCUCUUCCCCUACCCCUGUCCUUCCUCAAUUCCCAGCUGGGAUUGCUAUGCACUGGGCAGACCUGUCACUGUCUCCCCUGAACCCCCACACAGUGGCUUCCCUUAGAACCAGUCUUUGUACUCUCCCUAAACAGCAGCAGGCUUAGGAUUUUUGUCAGGCUGGUUCUUGCGUGCUCUGUGCCCCCACCAGUUUGCUCACCUCUUGGGGCAUUUUGUAAUGUGUUUUCUCUGUCUUGUAAAACCUUUUGAUUGUACCAAAAUGGUUUCUGCAGUCGCCUUUGGAAAUAAAUGGUCGUUAAUUUGUGUACUUAGCAUUCUGAAUUUUAGUCUCAGGUGUUUCUGUUGUUGAAGAUCCUUGAAUGAAAAGGAACCCUCACCGUGGGGCUUACUGUUAUAAUGUUUCUUCAUUUACUGUUAUUAAAAGAUUUAUGAGAA